AUGUCCUACCUUCAACCGGAUCAUUUUGAGAAUGAGAAGAAGAACAUGGUAAGCAUUUAUUUUGUGACAUUGUUCGGACUAUUUUUGACAGUUUCUAGUGAUUUGGAGCAAUUAAUUUCUAAGUUUCUCCUGAAGCAAUUGCCUCGGUGCUUAAAGAUAGGCGGUCUAGUGUGAUGUAAUUGAUCGGAGUGGCAAAAAAGUUAAGGCCGCUUAUUCUAGUUUAUGUUUCCUGCCACAAACAUAGUUUAUAAGUCGUGGAUGCAUCUAUUUUGGUCUGAAGUCGUUUCGUUGCAUUUAAAUUGGAGCGUUUUCCGGCAACGAGGCCCCCGGCGCUCCAUGGAAAUAAGUUCCUGAAGGGACGUAGGCUGAUCGAGGCUUCAACUUCAAAGGGCGCCUAUGACUCGAUGAGUUCUCUUUCCCAAGAGACGCAAGACUUGCUCUUCAAGCCGCUCGGAGGUGUGACUACACACGUUGUCGAUUGUCAUCAAGAGGCUUGGUAUCCUAAAUAUCUAGCGUUGGGUACUUUUCCGUCAAUCGUAAUGUACCAGGUGUUGGCUGUAAAUGCGACGCUGUCAUUUAUACGAUUUAUAGAGCUCCAGUUCAGACGCACUAUCGACGCUCCAACAUGCACAGUGCAGCUUCUCAAUACAACCUGCCUAUUUUUCAGGAGCCGUGCGAGGUAAAGUGUGGACCUAACGCUUGCCGGAAGAUGGAACGUUUGAAUUACCUUAAUUAGCACCAGCAUACGGGCAUCUUCGCAAUUACUCACCCUUUGAGGAUAUUAAAUGUGACUGGUUGAAAGGGCUGGUAGUCUAUUGUUUAACCAGCCUUUGCCUGGCUCUAUCAUAUUUAAGGACUGAAACAUACGAUCGUGUAUCAAGAGAGCUGACCGACCAUUAGUUGAUUCAAGGCGAUAUCCACUCCAAAUUGUGCCCGUCACUAAGGGUUUUCAGUUAAGAUAUGAAAAGUGGUUAAAGCGUUAAACGUAUCACAUCGAACUUAUUUUUUAAAAAAAGGAUGAAGGAACAUGCGGAGUAGUUCGGAGUCGGUUUACUCUCCUAUUUUGCGGAUUAAUUGAAGAGGCGGCCGAACCAUUGGCGCUUCAUUGAAAACAUCUAACUUGUCGCCAGGUUGUUCGCGUAGUGAAGUUUCCGCCGCCCGUACUGGUUAAGAGGGUGUUGUUCGCGUAAUGAAGUUUCCACCGCCCGUACUGGUUAUGAGGGUUUUUUUUCGCGAAGUAGGUUACCCAAGUAGUCUCAUUCCUCGACUCUUACCGAAAGCCAGUGGGUCCUUGGUACAUGGACACAGUAUUAUGUGGUGGGGAUUGUCUUAAGAGCAAUUGGGCUGUGGUUUUAAGAGAACGGGGCUAUCAGUGUCGAGUCGAGAACUCCGCUGGCUAUCUUUAGCAAGUGGAAUUCGGGGUGUUAAAACCUCUCCUUAACAUCUCAGUAUGUAGCCCUAAUGAUGGAGGCUGAGGAGGAGGAGGAGGUUGUACUGAAGCAGCCACAUUGAAUCCAACCAGACAGACAGACGUCGUGUUUACCGCUCCGGCUGUCUGCAAAGUCAGGAGCCUUGUCAACAGAAAUGUGCACAAGUGCAUUCAUACCACCCCUCCCCCUCUCCGGUAUUUCGGACUUCAAAGCGGGCGUGAGUAAAUCUACAGAACGGUACAUGCACUAGGAGUUCUGUCUAGGCUCGAAAGCACUUGAGGUAUGCUAAUCAGCGUUUGUUUGUGUGGGCGUCUGCUUGCAUAACUCUGUCCUCGUGUGUUAAAUGAACCUAAUUAAUCAUCCUCGGGUGUGGCCGCUGCUGUGACGCUACUGUCUCCAGACCUACUUUUUCAUUGAGCGGUUUAUGGGGGGGAAGGAGGAGGAGGAGGUGGCGGCUGCCUAGCUCCGGCUCUGACUGAGACGGCGCCCCCCGUUGAAGGUGUGAUGUCUGGCUCGUCAGUCGCGGUUGGGCUUUCAAAAAGCGCCCCCAGACAGCCCGGACACGCUCUAGCAGUCGCUUCCGGCCUCUCUGUGACGACAGCGGCGUCGUCUGGUAGAAACCAGUCUCAGCGACUCUGAAGAAGAUCAAAGCGGUUACUUAAGCGACAGACGCCAAUCCCCCCCGGUUAUUACUCAGUACCCCGGUGAUGGUUAAUAAUGCUUGCAAGAAAUGGUCUAGCGGAAUCCAUCCUCUGUGGUGACUGUGCCUUGGUCACCGUGGUCACAGCCUGCGUUGUGCGUGGACAUGUGUGUUAUCCACUGAACUCUGCACAUUUUCCAGCUCUUAGUAGUCCGACCUUCUAAUCUGGAGGUGACACGAAUGAGACGCGGUGCCAAUGAAAAAAUAAAGGUGACAGAACACAGGGAAGACAUUCUGGUGACCUCUUUGCUGUUUGUUAUCACCGGAGUUGGGCUUCACAUCUGAUUCUCAUGCGUUUUUCAGGACAGCGCAGGACUUUCAGAGCUGUUAGUUCAGAGUGGAUAGGGAGCAGUUUCUGGUGAAAUUCCUGUAGCCCUUUUGUUUUGGACCCACACUCUGCGUAUCUCACAGGAUUGGAUGUUGGCUUAGUAGCGAAAAUUCGGAUAAGUACUGUGCUUCCUUCUAUUACUUUCGACUAAGGCACAUGCCCUCUGCCCACGGGAUACAUGUGCGUAAACUCGUAAAGAUUUCGGUCCUCGGACCUCCAAACUCCCUAGCCGAGGGCUUAAUCUGUUUUCUGGUUGUGGUUUUAUUUCACCAGACCGAGAUUUACGUCAUUUUCCCCUCUGAUCCAUCAGUGAAAUUUAUUGAAAGACAUAAUCACUGUGGUAACCUUCCGAUCCACUGCAAAACGUUGUCAGAUUUAAGCGCGACCUCUGCUGUCGGUAGAUUUAGCGGAUGACUGAAAAAUCUAGUUUGACAUGAUGCUGUCGGAAGUUGACUAUCCGCCAAAUCCGCGGACUUUUCCCUCUCUUUUUUUAUACAGGACUGUUUCUCCGCUUUUACACUGAGAGGUGCCGACUGGAAUUAAAUGCUGUUCUCUCGCGUUCUCUGUUUUAGAGUGAUUUUCUCAGCCAGAAUCCGCUCGUUAUGCUCGCCCGUACAUGUCAGAAUAUUGGUCUCGAGCACCACAAGUCUUCUGAACGCUCUAAACUAUCUUCCCCCUCCUCGGCGGCUAGCGGUCCGUACAAAUCCUAUUCAAAUUCUCUGGGAGAAUCCAGUCUGUUCUCCAUGAGUCAAUCAACAUCCCCGACUGUAUCCGGUGUUUCGAAGACGCGUGUAAGCCUCAGCGCUACCCAUCGUUUCAGUCCACCGGUGAGAUUCUCGUCACCCAGUAGCACCGGCACCACCACUACAACCGCCACCUUCCUCCCCCCAAGUCCUUCCGCGGUUGCAAAUAACAAAGAACACGGCCUCAAGUCCCUGAGCGGUGACGAGGCCGACCUUCAAACGCAUCCAUCCUCUGAUUCACUCAUUCAAUUGGCCCGUCUCUCCUCAAGCCUUAAACUGCCGGGUGACCGCCAGAAGAGGAACAAACCGCUGGAAUCCCGUCUGCAGACGAAUUACUGUCGCCAGCAGAAGCGUGUGCGACGUCAAUCCUUCAGUAGGCCGUCCAGCGGCACUGCUGCAACCUCCAAGCCAAUUGACUUUACACUCCACCCUACUGCCAUUGCCAGUCAACGCCGUUCCAACACCUCCACGCCAUCCACACCCUCCUCUGUCUCACCCUCUUCCCUGCGUUCCAGCCCACCGGCCCACUCUACCUCCCCCUUCUCCAUCAGGAACGGCACCAUGCUGGACAUCACCUCAACUGCCGGCACAGCAGUCCCAGCCCCUCCCUCCUCGUCUGCCUCCGCCACCAGCUGUUUGGAGAUGUUCUACACGGUGGGCAACGCACUCGGUGCACCUCCAGAACGCCUUCGUGAGCUUCUUGUCACUGUGGCUCAGGCGCUGAUGGACCGUUCCCAGUCCACCGAAACUCAUCGGCCUCCUGCCACCUCCUCUGCGUCCCCUGGGCUACUCUUUGAGGGCAACGAAGGCACUCGUAGCUCACAGUCCCUCUCCCAACCCCAACCUAAUCAGCAGCUGCGCUCGCAGCAGCAGCAGCAGCAGCCAAAUGGACUUAUUGGUCCUGGCAGUUCUAACAACGAUCCCAGUACUCAGUGUUUGUACUGUGGCCUAGUGUGUGCGGAUAUGAAUAGCCUAGUGCAACACAUAUACUCCCACCUGGCCUCUCUGCACAGCCAGUCCUCAAAACCAUCGGAACCCCAGGCCCUAUCUCAUCUACAGCCACCGACAGUCGCACACUCCACAGGAAUGCCAGCUGCGGCGGUGCCUUCGAUUUCCACAGCUCUUCCUUCUUCCUCCUCCUCCCCCUCCUCUUCCUCCCCAUCCUCCUCCUCCUACUGUUCCUCUACUGCCUCUUCCACCGCCUCUUCCUCGCUGCCUACCAUGGUCAAUCCGAUUUUCGAAAUGGCAGUCAACUAUGCCCGCUACCUUCAAAAAAUGCCCUCUUCACUGGUAGACCAAUCCGCUGUCACUGCGACCCCGGAACUUUUGGUACCCACCCCAGCGGUAACCGCCACCCAACCGGAUCCCAACGCCCUCUUUCUGGCCUGGCUGAACAUCUUUCGUCCAUCCUGUGCGACGGAGGCCCUGACAGCGGCCACUGCACAUCGGUUUGGCUGA